UUUCAGAAAAUGGGUCUGUGCCAAAGUGAGGAGGAAAAAGUUGGAACACUGAAAAGUCGUGCAAUUGAUAAGGAGAUAAAACAGUUGCAAACAAGCGAGGAACGAACUGUCAAACUAUUAUUGCUAGGAGCCGGAGAAUGUGGAAAGUCAACGGUGCUCAAGCAGAUGAGAUUGCUCACGUCAAAACAGUACACAGAUGAGGAACUUUUGACGCAGGCCAAGUUGGUAUACACAAACAUAGUUAUUGAAAUGGAUCAUUUAGUCAAAGCAAUGCCAGCUGCCGGAUUGAAUUUUUCUGAUCCGAUGAGAGAACAUGAUGUUCACAUGCUGACCCUCUACAUUAAAGAUAUGCAACAUAAAAACUUCCAACAAGACGCUGCAGAUCAUGUGGAGAAACUAUGGAAAGAUCCAGUAGUCAAAAGACUGUAUGCCGAGAGAAAAGAAUUGAAUAUUCGAGAUAUUGGUGAUAACACGGAAUACUUUUUUGAAAACCUGCCAAGAAUAUCAAAAGAAGAUUAUCACCCAAAUGCGACAGACACCCUUCUUUUGCGGACAAAGACAACUGGAAUUGUAGAAGUUGGAUUUGAAAUUAAAAAAGUCAAGUUUAGAGUAUUUGACGUAGGAGGUCAACGGUCGGAGAGAAAGAAAUGGAUUCAUUGUUUUGAAGAUGUCAAUGCAAUUAUUUUCAUUGCAGCGCUUUCCGAGUAUAACGAAGUUUUGUUUGAAGAUGAGACAACGAACCGAAUGAUCGAAUCCAUGCGACUUUUCGAAUCAAUUUGUAAUUCUCGAUGGUUCCAUAAUACUAAUAUUAUCCUUUUCUUGAACAAAAAGGAUUUGUUCGAGGAGAAAAUCAAGAAGGAGAAUAUUCAUAAGGCGUUUCCGGAAUAUCGAGGAGAGCAAAAUUACGCUGAAACAGUCGCAUUUAUCAAGACGAAAUUCGAGGCGCUUUCCAAUAACCCGAAGAAGACAUUCUACGUGCACGAAACAUGCGCAACAGACACAAAUCAAGUGCAAAAGAUUUUGGAUUCAGUAAUUUCGAUGAUUAUUCAAAGUAACCUACACAAAUCUGGACUCUAUUAAGCCUAUUUAGACUAUUUUGUUUUGUGCUCUAUGUCUGUUGUGCUACGUGUAUCUGGUGUAUGUCUAUUGACAAUCAAUCGAUUAUUUAUACCGGUUAAACAUGAACUAUUUUGAAAUUGUAAUUCUUCGUUAGAAGGAUAUUCCAACGAUCUUGUGCUCUUAGAUCUCCAUGAAAAAGUAUUUUGAUUUACAACUGUGUCAAUUAUCCUCAUUUUCCUCGCUUGUUCAAUCAUUUCUCCUGAUUUUAAACUCAUUUUCCAGUUAUUCAUUCAUCCCUUUUCAACUGUUCAUUUAUAAAAAUCAAAAGUUUUUGUCAAUCAAAAAUCAAUAAAGAUUAAAUUUAAGAUC